AUGCAGAAGACCUACGUCUCCAUGGUCACACCCCGGCAGCGGGUGAGGUUCGGGAACCGCACGCUCUCCAAGGAUGAAUGGUCGGCCGUGCAGACGCUCAACGACGCGACCAUCGGCGACAUCCGCUCCAUCAGGAAGCUCCUAAGGCAGCUGAGGAAGUCGGGGAAAGGCUUGGAGGAGACGCUGGCGGGGAUCAAGCACCUCGGCGGCCGUAGCCCGCUCCACAUGGCGGCGUGGGGCGGCAGGCUGGAGACGUGCAGGUUCCUGGUCGAGGAACUCCGCCUCAACAUCAACGCGCCUGGUGAAGAUGGUGCGACGCCUCUAUCAUAUGCAAUAUUUGGUUGUGGAUCUACAUCAGUUGUAAGGUUUCUUCUUGAUUGUGGUGCUAAACCAAACAAAACAGACAUAAAUGGGAUUACCGCGCUGCAUUUUGCUACAAUGACAGGCGCACAGGCCAACUCAGAGGAAGCCAGGUUAUGGGCAGCUAACACCCGAGAUACCUGUGAAAUAGCAGAGUUAUUAUUGUCCAGGGGAGCUUAUGUUGACCCUAUAUGCGAACAAGGAACACCACUACUCAUUGCUGCUCGAAACGGAAAUGUGAGAAUGUUGGAAUUGUUGUUGAGGCAUCAGGCAAAUCCUAACACAGUUGUGCAUUUAGUCUAUACACCACUUUCAUAUGCUAUCUCCGCUUCUUCAGUGAAAUGCAUGGAACUACUUAUUAAGGCUGGUGCUGAUGUCAAUGCUGGUAGGCCUGUAACAACGCCAUUAAUAGUAGCUGCGUCCUAUGGCUUCGCUAGCUGCAUCAAGUGUUUGUUGGAAGCUGGCGCUGAUACAAAUAUUCCUGAUGAAUUUGGCAGAACAGCAGCAGAAAUUGCUUCAAUCAAAGGAUGGAUGGACUGUGUUGAGAUUCUUUCCCCUCUCACAUACCCUGUAGCUAUAUCUGCAGGCACUGAUGAUUCUCUCCUCAAUGCAAAUGAUGGAUGUGCCUUGAAAAAGCAAGGGGCUGCUGCAUUUGAGGAAAAUGAUUAUGCUGAUGCGUUGGCUCUCUAUACCAAGGCAAUGGAGAUUGACCCUGAUGAUUCAACCUUGUAUGCAAAGAGAAGCCUUUGCUGGCUGCAUAUGAGUGAAGAAGACAAGGCUUUGGAUGAUGCCUAUACCUACAGAACUAUGAAGAUGGAUCUAUCAAAUUCCUGCUAUGAGCAAACAGCAGCUCUGAUACUAGUGAAGGUUAAACUUGCAGUGGUCCAAAUAGUUUCAUACCGCAGUCUAAAACUUGAGAGGUAUGUUUCAUACCUCUGGAAAUUUUCGCACCUCGGUAAAAGAAAAUUAAACAUGCCCGACCCAUUAGAUGAGCCCAGCCCAGUAGACUGCUCCAGUGGGUGGGGAUUCCUGGUUCUUCCACGACAUUGCUGUGACGUUCCGCUGCCGCUCGUGCGCCGCAGAGGAUCUCCAUCUGGCGCCGCGGUCGGCGUCCUGGUCGUCCUCGCCAUGGACCCCGUCCCCAUCCCCGACUCACCGUCUACGCCGCGGCACUCUGCUCGGCAGAUUGGAUGCCCACUGUAG